AUGUUAUUUGGUUUUAGAUAUAUAUAUAUAUAUUGUUUUUUUUUUUUUAAUUCAAAAUUUUUUAAUUCGAGAAGCUCAAGAAAGCCGGAAUCCGGACCCCGGGAAUCCGAACCCGGGAAUCCGGAAUCCGGACCCCGGGAAUCCGGAAUCCGGACCCCGGGAAUCCGGAAUUCGGAGUCUGGAACCAGAUAUCCGGAUUCCGGACCCAGAAGUCCGGAGUCAGGUAUCCGGACCCAGAUAUCAGGAACCCGGGCCCGAAAAUCCGGAAUCUGGAAUGCAAACCCGGAAAUCCGGAAUCCGGACCCCGGGAAUCCGGAAUUCGGACCCGGAAAUCCGGAAUCCGGAAUUGGAUCCAAGAUAUCCGGAAUCUCGACCUGGAAUAUCGGAAUCCGGAAUAUCCGGAAUCCGGAAACAGAAAUCCGGAAUCCGGACCCAGAUAUCAGGAAUCCGGACCCGGGUAUCCGGAAUCCGGACCCGAAAAUCCGGAAUCCGGACCGGGAAAUCCAAAAUUCCGGAAUAGGGACCCAGAAAUCCAAAAUUCCGGAAUCCGGACCCAGAUAUCCGGAUUCCUUCUCCGGUCCCCUCUCGGGAGCUCCGAGAGGAGAGAACUGA